UCGACCAUCGUCAUCCGGCCGAGCAAUGAGCCUCUCUAUUAUCCGCUAUAAUUUCGCAAAGGAAAUAAGAGGGGGCCACAUUCGCUUUAAUGUAGAGCCGCGUUGUUCGCCUGGCCUCCAAUAACUAGCGAUACGAUUCCUGUUUUUCUAAACGUAGUAAAUAUACCUGUAUACUAAACGCAACGAACAACGGGGCCUAAAUUUUCGGGAGUGGGGUUUUUCAGUUGGCGACGACGCGCUUUCCAGAACACGUGGUGCUCAGUCGGAAGUGCUUCGAUAUGAAAGUAACAACGGACGUAUUUAAAAAGUGUUUUUAAAAAUAAACUUCUUUUGUUAGUUAAAAAGUUUUUUAAAGAAUUAAAAUGGGUAAAGCUUUGAGUCAAAAUUCACUUGCCGGCUCCAGUCAAGGAAUUAAAAUGAAAAAGGAGUUAGGAUUAAUUGAUGGUGUUGCUAUUAUUGUUGGAAUAAUAAUCGGAGCGGGAAUUUUUGUCUCUCCAAAAGGAGUAUUAAGAUAUUCAGGAUCUAUUGGACAAGCUAUUAUAGUUUGGAUACUCUCAGGGUUAUUAUCAAUGAUUGGAGCUUUAUGUUAUGCCGAAUUAGGUACAAUGAUACCAAAAUCCGGAGGUGAUUACGCUUACAUAAGCGAAGCGUUCGGUCCACUUCCAGCUUUUCUUUACCUUUGGGUGGCACUUUUCAUUCUGGUACCAACUGGAAAUGCAAUAACAGCAAUAACUUUCGCCCAGUAUAUUCUUCAACCAUUAUGGCCAGCGUGUGAUCCCCCUUACGAAGCUGUACGAUUAAUCGCUGCGGUUACAACGUGUUUUUUAACCGUAAUCAAUUGUUACAAUGUUAAAUGGGUUACCAGGGUUCAAGAUGUGUUCACAGCGACGAAAAUCUUCGCGUUAUUAUUGAUUGUAGCUGCGGGGAUAUAUUAUUUAUCAACGGGACAUACACAACAUUUACAAAACCCUAUGGAAGGAACUCAAACCGAGCCUGGUUACAUCGCGUUAGCGUUUUAUUCCGGGUUAUUUUCUUAUUCUGGAUGGAAUUAUUUAAAUUACGUUACCGAAGAAUUAAAAGAUCCAUAUAGAAAUCUUCCUCGCGCAAUUUGCAUUUCGAUGCCGUUAGUAACGAUAAUUUACGUUAUAACAAACGUUGCGUAUUUCGUUGUAUUGAGUCGUGCCGAAAUUUUGGAAUCGCAAGCGGUUGCAGUUACAUUUGGUGAUAAAAUGUUGGGCACAUUCUCGUUUUUAAUGCCGUUCUUUGUUGCUUGUUCUACUUUUGGAUCCUUAAACGGAGCUAUUUUUGCUUCAUCUCGAUUAUUUUUUGUUGGGGCGCGUCAAGGACAUCUUCCGCAAGCCAUCGCAUUAAUUGAUAUUAAAAGACUCACCCCGGUACCUUCAUUAAUCUUUAUGUGUAUAAUAACGUUAGCUUUGGUUGUAAUUGAAGAUGUUUACGUAUUAAUAAAUUACGUAUCAUUUGUGGAAGCUUUAUUUAUAAUGAUCAGCGUAACGGGUCUUUUAUGGAUGAGGCGUUCGAGGCCGAACGCUGAAAGGCCUAUAAAAGUAAAUAUUGCGCUUCCAGUGAUAUUUUUUAUAAUAUGCGCAUUUUUGGUGACUUUUCCGUGUUAUGUUUCGCUUCUCGAAGUUGGAAUAGCCUCCGUUUUUGUUCUUUGUGGUAUUCCGGUGUUUUACGUCACAAUUGGUUGGAAAUCAAAACCAAUUUGGCUACAAAGGUGCUUUGAUAAUUUCAAUAAAAGCUGUGCUAAGCUCUUUGUUUGUGUACCAGAAGAAACCAUUGACUGAGACAAUUCUUAUAAAUAGAAUAAUAAAUAAAAAGACAAUAAAUUAAUUGGGAUUCAAUCAUUCCAUUGCAAAAGAAAGGGAAAAAGUAUUUUUAACCAUCACAAGGUGUUUUUAAAAAAUUGUUUCUUGUGAUAAUUUUUAUUUAAGCAAACUUGUACAAUUGACCACAUAGUUUUCAUUUUUAAUCUUUAAAGACUAAUGAAUUUAUAAUGACCCUCUAAUGUCUGGGGUGAUUGUUAUUUAUUAUUUGUGAAUGUAUUCUUUUCUUUUGUCUUAUUUUGUGUUAAGCAAUAAACGGAUAACGAGAGA